CAGUCUUGUGCUGCAUAGCUCCAGCCAUCCUGCUCCCCUUCAUCUUGCCACAGCUUCAUCUUUACCUUUCAGAGUUGUCCCCGUAUUGCUCAGUGCAAUUCCUGGGCAACUGGUUUUUGUCCAUAAGCCCAUUUGUGUGCUUGCAGCUAGAGUGCUGGGAAUGUUUGCCCUUGUCAGAUCUGUCCCUCUCAUUCAGCCAGCUACAGAGCCUGGCAGAUCUAGGCUUCCUGCCAAUGCUUUUGUGGUGCUGUGGUCUCUCAAGCAAAAAGCCACUCUUUUCUGUAGGUAGCACAGGCUGACAGAUGUUUUGACUUCUGCUUUUGUCCCUGCCUCGCUGUCCUGGAGACAGAAAAGGCACACUGAAUCUAGCGCAGAUGGGAGAGAUGUCUGCUGGGACCUACCAAAGGUCACACGAAAACUGGAAGGAAGAUAUCAGUGCCAUCUUUAUUCCAUCCCUACCUCCAUCCCCAGCUUGACAUGCUACAGGGAGGAGCCACUCUUGGUCCCCGGUUUGCUCGUUGUGGAGAGGCCACCUUGUCAACUGGGCUCACGUCAGGUGCUCUGAGCUCCCAUUCCUGCAUCAGUGACCCUUCUCCUUCAGCUCCUAGCUGUCUGGUUCUUUGCAGGAAAAGAACUGAAGAGGUGCAGCAUGGCUCACAACUGCCUGCAGUGUAUCAAGUACCUAAUGUUUGUCUUCAACCUCCUGUUCUGGACUGUACUUUCCUGAGUCUUCAGAAGAAGAACCUGGGGCCAUUGAACCAGAGGACCUGUGUAUCCCCAAGAGGAUUCUGUCACCAAGGAAGUUUGGGAGGCUGUGGAAUCCUUGGAGUAGGCAUCUGGCUGGCUGUUACCCAAGGGAACUUUGCCACCCUCUCCUCUUCUUUCCCGUCCCUUUCAGCUGCCAACCUACUGAUCGUCACAGGAACAUUUGUCAUGAUCAUUGGCUUCGUGGGCUGCAUAGGUGCCAUCAAAGAAAACAAGUGCCUCCUGCUGAGUUUUUUUAUCAUGCUGUUAAUUAUAUUUCUGUUGGAGCUCGCUGUUGUGAUUCUGUUCUUUGUCUACACCGACAAGAUUGACAAGUAUGCUCAGCGGGAUCUGAAGAAAGGGCUUCAUUUGUAUGGGACAGAUGGAAAUAUUGGCCUAACUAAUGCAUGGAGCAUCAUUCAAACCGACUUCAGAUGCUGUGGAGUCUCCAACUACACUGACUGGUUUGAAGUGUACAAUACAACCCGGGUGCCAGACUCCUGCUGCUUAGAAUUCAGUGAGAACUGUGGACUCCAUUCCCCAGGGACCUGGUGGAAAGCGCCUUGCUACGAAACAGUGAAAAUAUGGCUCCAGGAAAACUUACUAGCAGUGGGAAUCUUUGGAUUGUGCACAGCUAUGGUGCAGAUUCUCGGACUCACCUUUGCAAUGACCAUGUAUUGUCAGGUAGUCAAGGCAGACACCUACUGUGCAUAGAUACCAUUCCCAAUCUUUCUGCUCCUCCUCCAAAGGACACAGGAGAAAUCUCCUUCAUGCUCAUUCAUCUGACCUUCCCCCCCCCCCCCCCCGCCCUCCUUUGUACUACAAACUGUGUAUAGUGCUAUCUUUCUGAAGAUUUUGUGAAUCACCCCACUUUACUGAAGGAGGAAGAAAAGAAAAAGUCAGUACUUGAACUGGCACAGGUAAGAAGCAGCCUUGUCUUUAAACAGAAGAAAACCUCCAAAGAGCAAUGGUUCCUUUUCUAUGGCCAAUCGCAAAGCAAAGGAGGCUGCUUAUGAGGGGCUGAUCUGCAAACCGAUGUUAGGAAAAGAUUGCACUGAGACAACCUCUGCAAAACCUGCCAGGUUGCCUUCCCGCAUUUCAUGGUCCGGAAGAAAGGGCAUAGAAAAUGAGUAUUCUUCAGCAUGGAAAGAAGGUACAGAGUAGCUAGUGCUGAAUGCAAUUGUAAUUUUACUACAGUUUGCACACAGCUAAAAUGUCAAGAUCAAGCAGCCCUGCCUCCAAGUGUCUCAAGAUGAUUUUUUAGCCAGGAGAGGAUCAUCUUCAGAAAUGUGUUAUUUUAAAGGAGUAUUUUUAAUCUUAUGCGCUGCAAAGUCAGGCUUUUAAUCAUAAUCUGUACAGUGAGAUCUGGCUUUUAAGGGAAAACAAUAUUGGACAUUGUCUCACUUAUUAAUUGCCAGCGGCAUAUAGAUGCUUGACUGUAUAUGUAAUAUAUAUUACAUUCAUAUACACAUACUGUUCUGAAAGGAGGUGAAAUACCCAGCAUCUAACCUCAGAAAGAGGGAACCUUUCUAUCCCAUUUUACAUUCCAACUGAAAUAACCAAGUAUUAUUUCUUGUAGGAAGCACUAUCACUUAUACCUCUGGGAAACAAGUAAUUACUUUCAGCUGUAUCUUCAUUUCAGUAAACAACUUGUGAGUGGGCUCUCUCUGUCAUUCUACUAUGGUUUUAUUUUUUAUCAUCCCUGUUUCAAGUUAGUUUGCCAAAAAAUAUCACUCAUUUCCACACUUGAAGAUCAUACAAAGCUGUCAGCUGUUCCUUCCCUGAAUGUCACCAUUUCAUUAAUUUACUUUGGGAUAUCAUCAUCUGCAGGUAUGAUAGAGUUGCCUUGUUGAGGAAAAAUCUUUUGCACGUUGCCCAUUUUUGUGAGAGUUAUUAAGACUUCAGAUGUUUUUAUGCUUAGCUUUUUCUGUGUCCCCCCGCCCCGCCAACUGCAUGCUUACAACAGCCAAGACACAUCAGUCUUUGUUAGAACUGGAGUCACCUCUCAGUUCUGCUUUUCAAACCCAUCUUCCUCUGCCUGGCUGUUGGCUAGAAUAUGCCCCACACUUUCUAGAAUUUGCAGAAAUCAAAAUCAUAACUUUCCUUAGCCAGAAAACAGCCACCAAUUGUCCAAUUUCCCCACCCUGCACUGGUAACAGAAGUAAUUUAUGUAGCACCCUUCUUUGCACGCCCUCUCAUCAUGAGGUCAAGAAUCAGACAUUUCCUAUUGUUCAAACAAACAAUACCCCAUCAGCAAGCAGCUGCAGAUAUUGCACAUGUGCUUCAGCUUCUCCCUGUCACCCCAGGGAAAGGACACAGCAGGGAAGAGGCAAACAGAGCAAUGCAGCUGGCCAGCUCCCUGCAGCCAGCCUUUGAGGACCACUCAGCCACUGACGAUAGACCAGAAAGACAACCAUGGUGCCCCUGUUUUCCCAGAAAGCUCAAUGCAGCCAUUCCUACCGUGACAGACUAAAAGCAUGCAUUAAGUUCAGGCAAAAAAACCUGUACCUUUACUGCUUACAACAGCAGGUCUCAGCUAUGAGUGACAUUUUGCUUACUUUGAUUUAAAGGCAAUUGCCAGCAGUAAAGCUGGACUCACCAACUCACAGCCUAUUGAACAAUAUCCUUAACACCCAUUAAGUAACACUCUUCUGGACCUGCACCAUUGACAAAUACUACUCCCACUGCUUAGGUUUUUUGGGUUUUGGUUUUUUUUUUUUUCCUCUUUCUUUGCUGAUUUCCUGCAGUCAUCUCACCCCCUUAGGCUCCAUAUUUUGUGGGGAAGUGCUUAGGACAGUCUGGUGUGUGAAAGAGCAAGUAUCUUCCACAAUCUUAACCCCCACCUUUACACAUCAACCUCUGUAGCAUAGGGCAUUUAGCUGUGCAGGCUAAGUUGAAAGUAACGUAGUCCUUGCAUGCAUUUUAUGUGGCUUCCCAAUCACUCACUAUCACAGCAGCUACCACCACUGAAGGAUUUUAUUGCCAUGCUAACAAGCCUUGACAAAUGUUAACAGACCUCAACCCAAGCCGGAGGUUAAACUGAGUAGCCCACACACAGGCACCCUGCACCCCAAGCAAGAGACUUACUCUGGGUGUUACAAUCGCCAGUCUCAAUGCUGUCUGCUUCCUCAGCCCAGGCUGACCUGGCAACAGUCCUGCUCUUCGAAAGAUGGUGUAAGUCAGUUCAUUCCUUCCCUCUCUCCGCUACGUUGCUUUCUUACCUGCAUAGACAUGAUUCCAGGUUAGAUGUACCAUUAGUUCUUGCCAUGGUUUAUAGUUUGUACACACAGGUGCUCCUGCUGACAGCUCAGAGCUUCCACCACUGAAAAGCAGCAUAACAGAGUGAUGAAUACAUUAAUAAAACAUCGAUUUUUAAGAAAGAUAAAAGGUAGACAGGUCUAUUUGUAGUGAUCCCUGCCAUUAAAAAUUAACACAGAGACAGCAGGCUGCUGAUGGCUCAGCUGAUAAGAUUAAACCAUUGUGCAGCACAGCUCCCACAGAGGGCAACUCUCAUCAAUUUGCCUGGUGGUGGGAGAAGACAGCUCACAAGCCUGCAUCUUGUGAGUCUCCCAAUAAUAUGUGCUGAGCUCUUUCUUAGAAAAGACUGCUAGACUUCAGCUAAAUCUACAGAAGAAACAAAGUGAGAAAGAGAGACUGAAGAAAAGUCACACUUUGUAGUUCCCUCUAAUUAUUUUCCACAGUUUAGGUGUCUUUACAACAAAAUAAACUGCGUUGGUUUUCCAAAAACAGGUAUCUAUAAGGAGUAUAAGCAAUAUUCAUUUUGUAAAUCCCAGUCACUGCAACAGAAACAUACAGCACUAACUGCUGAAAAGAAAGAAAGGAGGAAAAAAACCCACCCAACCCAGAAAAACCCUGCAACCCAAAACAAACACCCAUGGCUGCUAAUAAUUCUUUUUUUAAAUACUACCCUUACACUGCCAACUGAGAUGCUACUGCAACUUGUUUAUAACUUGAACCAGACUAUUUUCUUUAUUUGAUGUUAUUAACUCUCUACACACAGGCCAAGCAGAUGUUAUGGUGCUUAAAGCAUUACCAGCACAAUCCAAUUUCAAACCUCUGAACAUACUGCAUAUAACAAGCCUCAGACUUAGCAUAUUUUCUUUUUAAAAGCAUUGCAUCCUUUCUCUGCUGACAAAGACAGAAUAUUUUGUGGUAUGUAACAGCAAGAAUCUUUUUUUAAAAAACAAAAAAAGAUAGUUCCAUAUUAUGCAUAAAACUUCAUGUUGAACCGGUUGAUUGAUUAUAAAUAAAUACCCUGUAGUACCUAAUACCCAUUUAAAGGCUGCUUAUAUCAUAUGUAUGCAGAGCAAGACAGAAGGCAUUCCAGUUGCUUCCAUUGGUGUUUUGUCACCUUUAGUAAAGUCUUUUAUAUUAUUUUCACUUCUUUAAACACGAAGGAGGACUCAAUAUAUUUAAAUUAAAGACAGAACCAAAGGCAACAAAGACUCUGAAGGACAGCACUCCUAAUUUAUACUCAUUGCUCUUUCUGCUUAACAAGAUGUGAAGGCACAGUGCACGUGGCUGGACCUACUGAAUCCAGCAACAUCAGGAUUUAGCUUUUAGAUUCAGUCCACUAUACUUGUGGCUUUUCAUCUUCACAGUUACAAUAAUAUACAUAUAUAUGUAUAUAUAUUUAAUAGAAUAUGAUUUAUUUUCCUGUACAGUAACUGGCAGUAGCAGCCAAAUCUUAUUGCUUGUACAAACCAGUAUUAUUUAGUUACACAUCGUGUAGUGCACAAUCACUGAAAUUCACUCCAGUUUCUGUUCUAUGAGUACUUCUUUGUUCUCCCCCUCAAAUAAUAUAAAUUCGUAAAGGUUUAUUCUUCCAUUUAAUAAUUACCAUUUGAAUGUAGCAUUGUAUGAUUCAUAAUAUGGAGAGGAAGGAACUACACAGAAGCUGUAGAAAUAUUUUAUCUUGCAUCAGCAAUAUUGCUGUUAUGCAAAUCCACCCAAACCCCUCACUUCCCACAAACUAAUUAAGAACUGGUUACAUCUUUCAGCACACAUGGCUCCCAGCUGCCUCAUUCAUAGAUGGGACAGGAGGUUGUUAGCAUGGAGAAAGGUGAAGCCUUUCACUUACCCCUUAGCUUCAUUGUUGUGCUAUAAGUAUGGCACCAAAGGUAAGCAACAGAAGCCAGGAGUUGAUUGUGGCAUUUAUUUUAAAACCAGACUCUUUAUUAACUUUGUCUGCAAGGAUUCUUGCUAAGUGUGAAUGACCUUCAUAGAUACCGAGUUAGACAAUUCACAGUAAGAAAACAAGUCAGGACUCGCCAUGGGAAAUUUUGUUUGGAUUCCAUUGUGAAUUCCCCUAGGUUGUCACCGAUAUCUUACCACAGUGGUCAGGUCUCCUUAGUUCUUUGGAUUUUGUCGCUGCAAUGACAGUGAUACAUUUUUGUGCAUUCAUAUGAAGAACAAAAUUUAAGAUAUACAUUUUAUUUUUAAAAGUUAUUAAAUAUUCUUUAAAGUUUACAACAGAAUGUCUUUUGUAUUCUUUAUACUCAACUACACUACAAGAUAUAGAGUAUAUACACACCCAAGGGUGUGUGUGCAAGUGCACACAUACAGUAUAAGCAAUGAAAAAAAAACCAAACAACACAGCAUACUUUUUUGUCAUUUCUCAUUAUCUAUCUUUGAUUUGACCUAUCCUUCCUUAUUGAUAUUAUUAUUAAUAUUAUUAAGUGGCUUACCAUUCCCAGGUAAAUUUACACCCCCUUCUGUUUCCUCUUAAGGGCAACCUGACAUUAUGUGAUAGUCAAUAACGAUUCAGAAAAUACUGGGAGAUCAGGUUUACAGUGUAACAAAAUACUUACUUAGACCUGAAACCAAUUAUUUUCUGUUUAGAACUUGUCUGUUACUGAUAAUUUUGAAACAAAAGGACUUCUCUUUCUGAGGUAGUUGCUUAGAUUCAGAAAUUACAUAGGAAAAAACUUACAAAAUAAACACCAGACUCUGUUAAAAUGGAACAACUCCUACUAUGUCAGAUCAGAAAAAGGUCUGGUUAGCCAGGUACCUUGUCUGAAGUCAUGUCUAAUGCUGCCUUUUUCAAUAUAAUUUAUUGUACCCUCCAGGUCAAACAGCUUCGCAAGUGAAAUUGCCUCUAAACUGGGUGCAUUCUGAGCAACCGCACAGGCAUACUAUUGAAAAUGUAAGGGUAGAUGUGGCCUGAAAGUGGAGACCCAGAGGUUUUAGUAGUUGUUGCAGGAAACCUCAUAAAGGAUAACCCAAACCUUUGGUGGAAGUUUCUUACAACUCCCUCAAUUCAGUAGGCAUGUUUAUAUUUGUUGAAUUUUCUUCAUCCCGUUAAGUGUACCACUAGAUGGUCUCAUUAACCACAUCUAUCUUUAAUCUGUUUCGAUUUUGUGAAACUUUCCACUUCAGUCUUACAUUGUAGCAGUGAAUUUCACAAUUUCAUCGUGCUGUAUACAUUUGAAAGAACCCUUCUUCUGUGGAUUUGAACAUGCUGCCUUUCUAUUUCAUUUAUUCACCACUGGUUCUAUACUUCAGGAAUGCUAACUUAAUGUUUCUUACAGAAAUACCUGGGCCCAGAGCAGUUGUAUUACCUUUACAGCCUAAUUUAUCUUUCCACUAAAGCUUAAAUGUGGGUAAUAUAGUACACUAUUGAUUUUCAAGAUCUCAUUGUUUCAAAAAACUAAGCCCAGUGUACCUUCCCCCAGCAGCUAUCCUAGUUCAGUUGUCUUUGCUUUUUGAACUACAUGUUAGUACAGACAGAGGUGUUCCUAUUAAUAACAACUAACCUAGUAUUUCAGCUGACAUCCUGCUAUUUUUCUUGAAUGUACUUAACGCAACUUGGGAAUAUCAGGCUUAGCUGAUUAUACCAGCUGUGUAAUACAAAGUACUUUCUGUCUGCAUGGUGAUAAUUUUCAAAGAGACUUAAGGGUAGCUGAUGAAACUUCAUCCAAAGUUUUGUCUUGACACAUCAAAAGUGCAAAAUACAGAGCCCUAUGUUUCUUACGUUCCCAUAUGUUAAAAAUCCCAAACCAAUGAAGAAUCUGUCAUUAUUAACUCACCUAGUGAAUGCAAUUUGAAAGGCUGUUUUUCUGAAAUCCCAUCAGGUGCCUAUGUAGGUCAUUUUACCCUAGGCCUUGCUUCCCCACAGCCCCAUAAAACUGUUUCCCCAUAGAAAUACUGUACAUUAUUCUGUUCACUAGAAAUCAUACGUUUUUUGUUGACCUGCAAGAGCAGCUUAGUCUACAUUCUUCCCUCCAACAGCCAGAAAGCAUUCACUACCAAAUCUACACCAGUACAUGUUAGACAGCUACACAGAGGGCCUACAAGUCAUCUUGCAAUGCAUGUUUUUUUAAUGAAGAAAUGGCUGAUCAGUUAAACUGGUUUCUCAAACAACUCCCUGGUACCUUUCAUGCAGAAAUUGUUUAGGCAGAACAUUUUGUUACUACAGAAUUGCUUAAUAGAGUUAAUACUCCUGUAACCACAAGUACAAGGAAACUUGAAAGGAUGGGAUCCUUAUCCACUAUAAACAUCCCCUUACAUUCCCAUGGCACUGCUAGUACAGAGUAUGGUUCAAAUCACAGCCAACAAAAUAAAAUAUAUAACUGUUUUAUAUAGAUUUAAUUAUAUACAAAGUACAGCAUAAAAAAACCCCAACUGUUAAUGUGUAUUGCUUAUGUGUUUAUUUUUCCAUAUGGACAGCGACAAGAGUUUCAGAUGUAAAGCAUUCAUCCUGAAGAUCCUAAAAAUUACUAUAGAAAUAAAGGGAUUUCAGGAACUGGUUUGCGAAAGUCUAUUCAGAUGCACCUCAUCAUCUCCCUCCUCCACAAAUACCUUUCCUUGGCUGUAAAGCUUAAGCCCAUCGCUGCUCCAACCCUUCCAUCUCUACUGCACCCUUUAAAUCUGCUGUUCUGCACACAGGGACACCUGGUUAAUCAAGGUCCCAGUCUGCCAAACGCAGAGGGGAUUCAGUUAUUUGUAUUUUAUAACUUUAAGUGCCCAAGGAUAGACAUCCUGCAUGGCUUUAAAAAGUUCAGGUCUGACAUUGAGUUAGGAGACCAUAGUCCCUACACAGCAGAGAAAAGUGAGUACUGUAACCAAGUAACUCAUGUCAGCCUAGUUAUGGACCUAACUAGUGACUGAAUCUGAAUUACUCUCAAUGUCCUCCGUUCCCCGAUGCAAGCCUGCCAGUGGAGUGGGUAGGUGAGCACUGUUACCAGCCAGAACUGUCACUAGUUGUUUAGCAUUCUCCAGAGAAACUAAUGCUGUGGGGAUUUUUUUCUUCCCUUUUUUUUUUUUCUUUUAAUCCAAUUGAAACUUGUUCAGUGUUAUUGUAUCAUCCACAGAUGCAAUUAACUGAUUCUGAUAUUAUAUCUCAGCUUGGAUAAUAAGCACCCAGAAUACUGAGCUAAAAAAUGCCUCGGCCUAGAAACGUUGCCAUUGCUGUUCUUUUGAAAUGCUUACAUGCUUCCUCCACACACUAUUGAGGUGACUGGAGCAGCAUAUGGAUCCCCACAUUUUGUACUGUGGCAGCCUAAUUGUCAAGAUAACUUCUACAAAAAAAAAAAAAAAAAGCAAUUCUCAAUUCUCUCAUUUUCAGGCUCUCAUUUCUCAAGGAAUUGAACCCUCCCCUCAAGGGAGUUACAGCUGUUUACAAACUCAAUUAAGAUGAAGCAUUUGCAAGUACUCCAGGAAAAGAGCACUUCUCUAUGGUGCUGCUUCUAGUGCUUUCUUGGAACCCCUCCUCUCACUCUAUGAGCCUAUACCAGAUCACUUAUUGCAGUCAAAGUCACUAAAAGCUUCUUUAUAAUCCUCAGAGCACCACACAGCCCUCCUCCCUCCCCACCAAUGGCCACAACCUUUGCACCUGUAUUAAUUUUAUUUGAAAGUCAUGUUGGCAUUAGUUGAAUAGGGAGGCUGCGUGGAGCUACAACUGAAACUAUUUGGGGAAAUUCCUCAUGCUGUGAUCUCAGCUGUGGGAACUGGACCCAUAAGUAUGUUAGAAAGAGAAAUGGGAAUAUUUCCCCCUAGAAGCCAGAGGUGCUUUGACUAUUCUUUGACUAUUAGGUGAGCAGCUAAGUUAUGCUACUUGGUCUCUCAAGGACAGAGAUGCCUUUAAACCUCAUGGUUAAAAGUACUCCUACUUUGGGGGGGAAGAACAGAAAUUGUGACCUGUGCACAACUGAAGGAAUUAUGGAUUUGCAAAUGCAAACACAAGAGAGUAUAUAGACUGAAUUGAUGUGUCAUAAUUACCAGCUCACUUUCCCUAAACAAAAUAACUCACCAGCUUGGAAGUACAGCUUGUUGUCAUGGAACUUGCUUGAUAUUUGGUGCUAAUAAAAAUUGAAGUUUUAAAUCUC